AUGCCAGAAAGUGAACAAUCAAAAUUAUUAAACAAAAAUAACACUAAGACUGCAAGGGGGAAUAAUAAAUGGAAAGAAUCAUGCAAAUGUUACUGUCAAGGUGGAAAACGAAUUAGCUAUCCAUACGGUUGGACAGCUCCGUCUUCAUCUACAAUUACAACUACUACAGUAUUCAUUCAAAACGAUUCUAUCGCAGAAUCGCCACAUUUAGAAAAUCGUUCAUCUCCAUCACCAUCAUCAGUACCAAAGUCAUCUCAUAUCGAACAAGUGUGCUAUCAAACGGUUGCAGGCAAACAUUUCGAAAGUCAAGUAUCAGAAAGAAAGCAAAGUGUCUCAGCUCAGGUACUAAGUGCUCUUAUUGGAAAUCCUGGAGGCAGUGCAUAUAGUCGAAUUAUGGGUAAAGUUAUGCGAGUUCUUGUUGCUGGAUCAAAGAAAGUAGGAAAAACUGCAUGUUUAGAGCAACUUGCAUGUUUGAAUGAUAUUACUAAUGAGCCCUAUGUGCCGACCAUUGAAGACACUUAUCAGGUGCAGAUGGAUUACGGUGACCGACCAAAAGAAAUCAUGGUUUUCCAUGAUACAGCUGGAAUCAAUGAUAGCGGUCCAAUUGAGCUUAAAAGACCAUAUAUUCAGGUCGCUGACGCAUUCUUGUUGAUGUAUUCAGUUGUUGAUCACGAAACGUUCAACAGAAUGGAUAUGUUGAAAAAAACAAUAGAUAGACAGUUUAGAAAAGAUAAAAAGGAGGUACCGAUUGUUGUUUUGGGAAACAUGACUGAUCUUCCAGGUAGAAAGGUUGAUAGUGAAUUUGCACAAAGUUGGGCUACCCAAGAAAAAGUAAAAUUUUAUGAAGUGACUGCUAAAGAUCGAAACACGCUGGUUGAUUUAGUGAUAUAUUUGGGCAGUCGACAUUUUCACUCACAAAAGGAGUCAAAAUUUUCUCUUUCCAAAAAGCUGAAGGCUGAAAAAUCAAAUGCUGCUAUUAUGAUGGACUUGUAA